ACACGACGUAACGAACUUGAACAGCAUUUAAAAGAUUCUGUCCAAACUCAUCUUGAUAUGGCUCAUGUACGCAUCAGGGAACUGGAAACUAGGCAAGAACAAGUUUGUGUUGGAGGUCGCUUUCUGUGGAAAAUCUCAAACUAUACUCAACUAUGCCAGCAAUCUGCUACACGGAAAGAAAAAGAGAAAUUAUGCAGUCCACCAUUUUAUACUGGAGAAUAUGGCUACAAAUUGCGUGCUGAGGCAUUUCUGAAUGGUUUGGGUCAAGGGAAGGGAUCUCAUCUAUCACUUUAUGUUGUCAUUUUGAAAGGCGACCAUGAUGCCAUCUUGCAAUGGCCUUUUAAACAGAAAGUAGAUUUUGUGCUUGUCGAUCAAGACAAUGAACCAAACAAUCGUCAAAAUAAAGUUUGGAGAUUGCAAUGUGAUCGAAAUAGUGAUUAUUUUCAAAGACCAAAUAAGAUGAAGAGUCUCGGAUUUGGUUGUCCGAAAUUUGUUUCUCUCGAGACACUUGCGACAAGAAACUACAUUAAAGAUAACACGAUAUUUAUAAGGAUUGAUGUCGAGCCAUUUGAUCCGUUUGCUUAG